AUGAUUUCUAAGAAUAAUAUCAUUAAGGAGAUUCGUCUGUUAAAACGACGUCAUUGGUCAACAUGGGUGACUGUCUGGCCUUUUGUGAUACUCUACUCAGUGACCUUUGCGCUUUAUAUGAAUCCUGAGUUGAUGUGGGAUCGUAUGACGUAUCUUGUGCAUACAACAUACAUUGACUUUUUCCACGCUAUUUGUAUUCCUUUGGUGUUUUUUAUUCAUGCAUUUCUCUCGUUAUUUACAAUCUGGUCGGUACGCUUCCGUUCUUUAAUUCUGUUUAAGGCGUUGAAGCCAGAUCAAUUGUCUUCAGCUACGCAUGUGUUUGUUUGUACAUUUGAACAUAAGGGUGAAUCCGAGAUUGUACCACUGAUAGCAGCAACAAGUGAACAUCCCACCAGUUUUAUCUUCCAACAGCGAAAAUGGCGGUUAGACAGUAAAAGUGGAGAAUUUGUAAAACCACGGUUUCCCACAAAGAACUUAUUAUCAUCAUAUGUUGAUUGGAAAGGAAUUACAUCUGCAGCUGAAUGUGAUCGUCAACGUGAUAGUUUUGGUUCAAAUACAAUGGAGGUUGAAAUUCCAGAGUUUCAAAACCUUUUUGUAGAUCAUGCACUUGCCCCAUUUUUUGUAUUUCAAAUGUUCUGUGUUUUACUUUGGUGUUUAGAUGAGUACUGGUACUAUUCCCUCUUCACAGGAGUGAUGAUGGUAGGAAUGGAGUGCACUGUGGUGAUGCAGCGUAUUCGAAAUAUGAAGACACUGCGAAAUAUGGCAGAAGUGCCCGUACGUGAAGUGACAGUCGUGCGGGGUGGAAAAGAUGUUCGCAUCACAACAGUGGAAUUAUUGCCGAUGGAUCUCAUGGUUGUGGAGAAUAACGUGCCUUGCCCAGUGGAUGCGAUCAUUGUGCAUGGCACCUGUGUGGUGAAUGAGGCCACCUUAACGGGUGAGUCUACACCUCAACUGAAGGAAGCCACAGACCGUUUAGAUAUUCCUCUUGAGAUGAAGAAACACAGUCGACAUCUUCUCUACUCUGGUACGCAGUUGUUAUUAAGUAAUGGACCACAUGGGGCAACCGAGAAGGAACGUGGACGUGCUCUUGCAGUGGUGCUGAAAACUGGAUUUGAGACAAAACAAGGAAAAUUACUUCGUACUAUUCUUCACAGUCAAGGACGUGUAAGUGAAAACAGUGGAGAGUCUUUUGCAUUUAUUGGAGUUCUCGUUGUAUUUGCGUUAGCUGCUGCUGGAUAUCUUCUUAAACGUGGUCUUGAAGAUCCUAAUCGCAGCCGAUGGAAACUGUUUUUGUCAUGUGUACAAAUUAUUACAGCAGUUGUACCACCGGAGUUACCAAUGGAAUUAUCACUGGCGGUCAAUACUUCUUUACUUGCUCUUAUUAAAUUGCAGGUAUUCUGUACAGAGCCAUUCCGUAUUCCAUUUGCUGGUAAAGUUGACACCUGCUGUUUUGAUAAAACCGGAACUCUCACAACAGAUGAAAUGCUUUUUGGUGGUAUUGAUAUGGCAGAUGGAAAAGGAUUAUUAAAUCAGUUAAAAACUGUACCCAAAUCAGCAGAAUUGGUUCUCGCUACUUGUCAUUCAUUACUUCAGUUAGAUGGAACCGACACUGUUGCCGGUGAUGCGAUGGAAAAGGCAUCGGUUUGUGCACUUGGAUAUAAAGUAAAUAUGGAUGACACUGUGGUGUACGAUCCACCUGCACCAAAGGAGGAGGAACAGAAGAAUGGAACAAAACCUUCUACUGCCAGUAACAAAAAGAAUAAUGUUGGUGCGAAUAGACAAUACAAGAUUCUUGUUCGCUUUCCUUUCUCAGCAAACUUACGACGUAUGUCUUGUAUUGUUAGCAGUCCAGAGGGAAAAUUUGUGGUUUCAAAGGGUUCACCAGAAGCAAUCGCCAAAUUGUGUAAGAACCUUCCUGAAGAUUAUCAUAAAAUAGCGGAUGAACAUGCUUCUAGAGGUUUCCGUGUGAUUGCAUUAGCAUCUCGACCUUUACAAGAGUCAGAACGAAGCAAGGAAGCUAUUCAUCAGAUGCAGCGAGAAGAUUGUGAACAAGGCCUUAAUUUUGCUGGUCUUGCUAUAUAUGAAUGUCCUCUUAAGAAAGAUGCAAAGAAAACCAUUACAAUGCUUCAAGGAGGAAGUCAUCGUUGUGUUAUUAUUACAGGUGACAGUGUACAAACAGCGAUCUCAGUUGCCCGAGAUGUUGGAAUCCUUCAAUGUCGCAAACAACUUGUGGCGAUUGGUGGAAAUAAAGAUGGAAAUCAUACUAUAGAAUGGUGUGAUGCAGUAACAGGAGAAGUAUUACAACUUGAUCAAAGUAGUAUUAUCAAACAUACUUUUGUACGUGAUCGUAAACAUAUGACCCCUAAAGAAGAUGAAUGGGAUCUUUGUGUAAAUGCUGAAAAUAUUUCUCCAUCUUGUAUGACGACAAUUAUUAAAAAUUUUAAUGAACAUAUUGCUGUAUGGGCUCGUUGUGCCCCAACCCAAAAGGAAGACAUUGUAACCGAUCUCAAGAAGAAAGAUCAUGUUGUUCUUAUGGCUGGUGAUGGUACAAAUGAUGUAGGCGCAUUAAAGCAAGCACAUACGGGUAUUGCCGUACUAAAUGCCGCUGCUGUCUCUGCAUCCGCCGGCGAUGGAAAUGCAUCUGCGAAUGCCCCUCAAUCUCAUAAUGAACCAGAUGUACCUGCCGAACAUAAAUUACCACCGGGAUUUAAGUUCACUGUUGUGCCGCCGCAACCUUCUCCAGAUGCACCUUUUAUGGUACAAAUGCGUCAUAAAUUAGCAGAAGCCCGUAGGAAAGCAGAGAUUGUGCAAAUAGCACGUUGGAAUAAACAACUUGAAGAUAAAAAGAAAGAAAGAGAAAAUGAAAAGGCUGCUGCUCCCCAAGUUCCUCCUGAAUUAACUUCAGAUUUUCUUAUGACUUCAAUGUUUAAUGAGGAUGAUAUGGAUAUCGGCGGUGUUCCUCAAGUAAAACUGGGUGAUGCCUCUAUUGCAGCUCCAUUUACAUGUCGUUCAAAAGCCCUCAUGUCUGUUUGCGAUGUUGUGCGCCUUGGACGAAGUACUCUUGUCACGACUUUGCAGAUGUACAAAAUUCUUGCUCUUAAUUGUUUGACUUCAGCGUAUUCCAUGUCUGUAUUACACACGGAUGGAGUGAAGCUUGGUGAAAAACAAAUGAUAUUGGCAGGUAUGAUUCUUUCCGUUUGUUUCCUUUGUAUGUCACGUAGUCAACCUUUACCAUAUUUAUGUCCUCAACGGCCUAUUACGCGUGUGUUUCAUCCAUACAUGAUUUGUACUAUUUUUAUGCAAUUUGCUUUACAUCUUUACUGUAUGGUUCAAACUGUCAAACUUGUGGAAGAAGUUGAUAGUACGGAGGUUCAAAGUAUGCGACAAGUUGGAAGUGAAGGAGAGUUUAAACCUACUCUUCUUAAUUCGGCGAUGUUUUUGUUAACGACUCUUAUGGGUGGCGUUAUAUUUGCUGUGAAUUAUCGUGGUGAACCUUUUAUGCAGAGUAUUCGAAAAAAUAAACCCAUGUUUUACACAUUGAUUCUUCUCGCUGUUGUUGUUGUUUACUUCGCUUCUGAGACUGAUCCAGAAGGAAAUGCUAUGUUUGAGAUUGUAGCUUUUCCCUCACCGGAAUUUCGUCAACGUUUUAUUCAGUUGUUAAUGAUAGAUGCUGGUGGAAGUUUUGCCAUUGAAUACGCUUGUCUUUAUUUACUGACAGAUUAUGCGUGA